CUUUCAUUCAUCCCAGCAUCCGUCUGAGCUCGCCAUGGCGAUCUUGAUGGUGGGUCUCGGGUAGCGACUCCAACUUUCACCACUACCCGGUUUGGAGCCUUCUCCAGAGCUUUUGGUCUGCAACAACAUCCCCACGAGCCUUCCGGCCACGACUCCUCACCGCGACGCCAAUUCACUUAAGAACCAGCAUAUUUACACUUACACAGUAAUAGUCGCUAGAAUUUGCUAAACAAAGGCUCUCUAACCCUGCACUCCGGCGCUGGCCACGCCACACGACCCUCCUCCCACCUCUCACCACAACAAAGCACAGCAACAAUGUCGACCGUCAACACAGACACAGCGGCAGCGCCUGCAGCUCCCGUCCCAGCUCCGACUGAUACAAAGCCCAAGAUCGGGCCCCAUCCCGGCGUUAUAUCCAGCUCCAACCAGUACACGUCCGAGACGAGGAUACGGCGCAUGUUCAUCAAGAAUGGCUACGACCCAGCUCGCGAGGACAACUACCGCCUACAAGGCGUCCAGCUGAUUGAAAACGUCCGCGAACACCUCAAACUACCCGUUCGAACCUUCGACACUGCCUGCACAUACUAUCACAAGUUCCGCCUCAACUUUCGCGACGCCGAGUACAACUACCAAGACGCAGCUUUAGCCUCGCUCUUCGUAGCCUGCAAAGUAGAAGACACCAUCAAAAAGUCCCGCGACAUUCUCGCGGCAGCAUACAUCGUCAAAAACCCCGAUAAAGCCGUCGCCACCGACGACAAGAUCUUCGAACAGCCCGGCAAAGUCGUCAUUGGCCUGGAACGCCUCAUCCUCGAGACGAUCGGCUUCGACUUCCGCACAAGAUACCCCCAGAAGCUCCUGGUCAAAGUUGUACGCAGCAUCCUCGGUCGCGGCGAGGACGCCAAGAAGUUCUUCGACAUCGCAUACGCCAUGAGCCUCGACAUGUACAAGACCUUUGUGCCCAUCAAGCGCACCACAUUCGCCAUGACCAUGGCCAUUGUUGAGCUGACGGCGCGCUUCACAGGCGAGCAUCUUGAUAAGGUCAACGAGUUUGCCGCCGCGCGGAAGCAGUACCACCGCAGCAGCAUCAUGGAGACGAUGCUGGACAUUCUCGAUCUCUACGUGCAGCACCACAAGUCGACCAAGAUUGGCGCUCUCUUCGACCUUAACAAGUUUAUUGACGUCAAGAUCCAUCUUAACAAUGACCUAGACAAGAGCUUUGAGUCGAGACAUCUAUACACCUGCCCGCCGUGUGAAACAAACGGCAGCGGCAGUGCACACCCUGCGACACCAGCGUCGGAUACAUCGCCCACAGCAGCGUCUUUCCCCGCAGAGUCGUCAACGAAGCGCGUGGCGCGAAUGCAGGAUAGCACGAUGCGCUUCAUAUUCGACCCGGAGGCAGCGCGCGCAGAACAGGAUACUAUUGCGGACUUCCACAAGGAGGAGUACGAAGAGUAUGAGAUUGAAGUGGAGGAGCCUGUACCGCCGCCAUCAGAGCCUAGAGGGAGAGAUCACCAUCAUCAGGGUGGCAGGGGCGGAUACCGGGGAGGAUAUAGAGAUAGAGGAGACCGCCGAGGAGGCGGCCCAUAUGGUGGCUAUCGCGGAGAUCGACAUCAUCGCGGCCGGGGACGGUUUCACUAAUGGCAUCUGUCGGUAAUGAAUAACAUUAAUAAAAGUCUGUAUUAUAUAUGCGUUCUAUGGCUACAUCACGUUUCCUUAUCCAGGACUAAAUCCUCACCACUUGGACCACUUGACUUGACCUCGCCUAUGAAUUCUCCAUCUGUGUCGCCAUUCUCUUCCUUCUCCUCCGCUUUGGUGCUGCUAUGAUAACUGUUUGCUCUGCUGACAUCCACGCUGUGCUCUUGCUGGAUUCUGAGCCCCAAGUCCUUUGAAGACAAUGGCUCUCCGCCAUUGGCGACACCAUGCCAAUCAGCCGCAUCGACCUGAGGAAUAGGCUGUCCUGCCGCAGGGGCAGUCACGAUGUCGCUGCCAGCUUCGUCGGCAGUUUGGCCAGAGUCAGCUACGCGCCAUACAACCGAGAGGCGAUCAAGGGCCCGGGCUCCUUUCCUAGCAGACCCCUUGAUACCAUCGAGGGCUUCCCAGUCAAUUGUAAACACGCCGCUGUCAUUGGCAUGGCCACCUUGCUCAGGUCCGUUGCCUUCAAAGAACACAUUGAACCAGACGUGAGCUACGGCAGAUACCAUCGUAAGGCCAAUGCUUUUGUGUGUGCGAUUGCGCCGCUCCACGGAGAUGUUAACGUCGCUGUUAUCGAGCUUUAUGGGAUUGGUAGGGCGGAAAAUGACGGCUCUUCCGCCCGGUUGGUCGUGCUGUGAUGAUGACGACUUUUGCGAAAGACCACUAUCGACACGCGGUGUUUCGCUGGAGAUCAAGUUCGGUGGAGAAGGGGUCGUCGACCGGUCCUGUUCCUUUUCAAUGACAGCUUUAGGAUCUGUUUUUGCUGCUGCAGAGUUGUCGGCUCUUCCGCCGGUAGCGUAUCCAGCCAUGUCCCAGACCAUCUCAGAUAUACCGCCACUUCCAGGUGCAUCUCCCUCGACUACAACGCGCUCGUCUCGUUUAAAGGUAUGUAUGACCUCUAUCCGCUUGCCGUCUUCUACGAAGCCUUCGAUCUCGACUUUGACUCCGUCCCGUAAGCCCCAGGUGUGUAUCUCAAGAAUCUCAAUGGGCCUAUCGCGGUAUACUUUGCCAUGCUUGGUCCAGCGAUCAACAUAACUGAUCCAUCGCACUUGUGACGGAAUGCUUACGCCAGCUCCAAACAUAGGCCGCAUGCGUCGCUCAGUGAAUCUUUCCAUGGCAUCCUCUGCUUUCCAGCCUUCCUGUGAUAUCAAGUAGCUGCAAGUCAUACUACCACUUCGACCCUUUCCAGCCUUGCAGUGUACCACGGCUACCCUCUUUGGGUCCUUUUCGGUAGAUGUAGCUGGCUCGGUGCCAUCCAAGCUGCCACCGUGCAGCCAGUUCUGCAUGCUUGCCAUGAUGAGGGGCACUAAGCGGAAUGGUGGAGGGUGAUGGUCUGGCCAUGGGUAGUGACGGAUGCGAUUGUACACAAGCUCAUCUGGGUACCCAGUGCCUUCACCGCGAAACUCCCAGAUCGCCCAGUCUUUGUCAUGCUUGGAGUCCAAGAAGGCAACGAGCUGGUCCAACGGAUUUCUGUACGCUCUUUUGGGAUAUGUGUGAGAUGGGCCAGAUCUAUGUCAUGUUAGGCACAUAUUUGCAACUACCGGGAGGGUGUAUCAUACGUUACAAUGAUAUAGUCUGUGACAUAGCAGAGGUCAAGACCAGCUUCAGAACUUCCUUUCCUUGGCCCUGCCACAAGCUGCCUCAGCAGCGAUGCCAUGUCUGUGGUUGGAUUUCAGGAUGCUCAAGUUUAGUCUAUCAAUGUUGCGUUCUGCAACGGUGUCUUUUGGCGAGGCAGCCUGAUACUGAUCAAAGGCUGAGGCUUGUUGUGAAAGCGUUAUGUUUGGCACAACUCACGUGGUUGUUGGCCGGUGAAAUUUCUCCGAUGAAAUCGCUAGUGUUAUGUAGAGGAUACAGCUUGCCAGAUCAAGAGAUGGUGUGUUUUGUCCCUGUAAAUGGUGAGAUGGUGGGUGACCUUGGCAGAAGCGUGCUGGCGUUGAGGCCGCCGCCCAGAUCGGCACCAUGGCAGACGUCAUGAC